AUGUCAACUAUUGUUCCUCCGCCUCUUGGAUUAGGACGCCCAUCGCAAAAUAAUAAAAAGUAUAAACUAGUGGUAGUACAAAAUCCAGUCAGAGCACGAUGCUGUGGUUUUGGCGAAAAAGACAGAAGACCGAUAGAUCCUCCACCUAUAUUGCAAUUGUUCAUAGAAAAUCCAGAUGGCACAUUACAAAACGCAAAUAAUGACAAUAGUAAUAUCUCAUUAUUCGUUGUUCAAUGUGGCCUUUUUUCAGAAAAUGGAAAAGAGAAGCGAGAGCUUGUCUAUAACCCUUCUGCAAACUUUCCAAUACCUUCUUCACAGAGCGAUCUUUCCGUGAGAGUUGAAGGUCGUUUUCGUCUCAAAUUUAUAUUUAUUGACUUGUCUGCAGGAGACCCAUUGACAAUGAGCGCACAAGUUUCGAACUAUGUGCUCUCUAAUCCCUUCACAGUUUAUUCUGCCAAAAAUUUUCCAGGAAUGACAGAUUCCACUCCUUUAUCACAAUGUUUCGCACAGCAAGGUAUAAAGAUUUCGAUCCGUAAAGGUCGAAGAAUUCGCAGAUUUGUAGGCUUAUCAAGUAAGAAA